AUGCGUAAACUCAUAUUCCCAGAGGAUUUGCUCACACAGCAAUUCCAUCUUUGCAAGGAUCGAAUCGGAAAAGGCAGCUCAAGCACAAGUUAUCAAGAUUUCUAUGCGCAUCCUGAUCGAAUGGAGUAUCUUACAGGCAUUGCAGUCCUAUUGUUCAUGGCAGCCGAGGGUGGUGACAUCAUGGGAUCUCUAGCGCGUUACUUUCGCGUCUGCUUACGUAAUUGUUUACGCGCUUUUUCUUCCGUCAAAUUUUCACCCAAUCAUCCGUCAAUUGGUCGUGAGCCCGUGGGCCGGCGAGACCAAAUGCCUCUACGAUUGGCCUAUGAUAGUGACACUGAUUCGUUCGAUAUACCACGUAGGAGUAACCCCUCACAACGUAGUCCUGACGAGGCUUCAACGCGACUUGCCCUCAGGAAAUUUUUCUCCAAGAUCAAAACCCAUGGGGACUUUGCGACAUCAGGGCGGAUCGCAGGCCAUGUCGCUACUGGCCUCAAGGUCAACGGCGUCGGUCGCAUCGCUUUCCCCCUCAUUGAACACCAAGCCAAGCAAAUCAUCGAGGUAUGUCAUAGAGCACCAUUUGGCCAGGGUCACAAUACUCUAGUAGAUGAGAGAGUGCGGAAGACUUGGGAGCUCAAUCCGGAUCAGUUCCAACUGUCUCAUCCUUACUGGCCGUCAAUCAUAGAAAAAGUCACGCAGGAGGUGAUACAAAAUCUUGGACUGCCCCAUGGGACCGCUGUGAGAAGCAAUGUCUACAAGCUUCUCCUCUACGAGGAGGGCGCAAUGUUCAAGCCGCAUCAAGACACGGAAAAAGAACCAGGCAUGUUCGGCACACUCGCCAUCACCUUGCCCUCGGAGUAUGAAGGUGGUGCGGUACUUGCGACGCAUCGCGGCCAAUCGAGAACCCUUGCAGUUGAUUCACCAGCUUUCUUCCACUCAUAUUUGACCUGGUACGCCGACGUCACUCACGAAGUCAAACCUGUCACGUCUGGCUAUCGCUUAGUGCUGACAUACAACCUUGUCAGAUUGAGCGGGGGACCAAGGCUUACCGCUUCACUCGCACUUAGGCAAAAGGACGAACUUGACACUAUCUUUUCUUCCUGGAAUCGUACCAUCAGCCUCGGGGACAGAUAUGGAGCUGAAGCAUUUGUGUAUGUGCUCGACCAUAUGUAUACCGAUGCGAGCCUUAGUCUUCAGGCGCUCAAGGGGGAUGACAAAAUGAAGGCGGUCUAUUUACAAGAGGCUUGCGCUCAGCACGGCUUUUGCCUUUAUUUUGCGACCAUGGAGUUUGAGAGAAUGGAAUCGCUGUCUUUGAGGCGCAUCGUCGAUCUUGAUGGCAACAUCUUGAUAUUUGCUAAGCAAGAGCUUCAAGCGAGAGAUAUAGUUCAGGAGGAUGUUUUUGACAGAGACCCCGAUCGCGAAGACUACUCCGGCUAUACGGGUAAUGAGGGCGUGUCUGCUACCCACUGGUAUAACGAUACAGUCAUGAUCUUGAUGCCACUUGCCAAACGCCAUGCGUUCCUUGACGACAACCUGCGCAACGGGACUGUCAAAAUCAACGACUGGGUCAAUCGCCUUUUACAAAACGUGAAGGCAGAUGCUGAAGAUAACUCCGCGAGAGAAGAUCUUCUCGCCCUGUGCUCCUCAUUGAAUCGAAGUCCUGUUCUGAAGAGAACGAAAUCGCAACAGCCAAAAUGGUCCACGGAUAACACAUUCCUGGCAGCCUUCGAAUCACCAAGUCUGAAUUCCAUCAUCGAAGCUUCCGUCAUUCUCCAUAGUCAAGAUUUGCUAGAGUCGACCAUGAAGAAUAGCGCACUCUCGCUGGAAAAGAGCGAGGUCUACACCACGAUUGGUGCCGCGAUAUACAAAUUGGGGUUGGGGCCAGGUAUUGAUAGUCUCGACAGAUUGGUAAGAAGGUUCACGCUUUUCCGCACCCGAUAUCAGGUGAUUAGGCGAAUCACCCAUGGCUUCGAAGAAGCUGCUCGAGGUUUCGAUGAUUUAGAGUCCAACAGAGUUGAAGAAAUGCAUACCUGGAUGGCGUCCGCGUGCAAAGAAGCGCUACAAGUCAUCACAAGCCCGAACAGUGUUGAUGGAGUUUCUCUGGUCCGCCUAGUAACCCGUGAUCCACAGUGUUUGACUGUACAUGAAUGCCUGGAAAUCGCCAAAGCUCAUCCCACAAAUACUGCAUUCUUGAUCGGCAUCGCAGUUGAGCUCCUCCAAGCCGCAAAGAGUUCCAAUGCCGAUUUCAACGUGGCGGACGAAGGGGUAGGCAAGCUAGUAGAGAACCUCCUAUCAAGCUUUACCAUCGAAUGCCAAACAACGACAAAACGACCAGCUCCCGGCUCUCAAGCAGUCGACAGCACCGUCACAUGCCUAAUGAGCGCCCCCCACACCGCCGACCUCCUCAAACUCCUCCAACCAAUCUCCCCCGACAAAUUCACCCUCCUUCUCCGCAGGCUCUCCUCCAACACCUCAUCAUGCCCGCCAAUCGCCUUCCAGACAUUUUUCAUUCCCCUCCUAACCCUCCUUCAACCCCACGCGCUGUCCCCCGAAUCCGACGCCGCCAACCCCCUCUAUGCCACUCUCUUCUUCACAGUCCUCACCGCAUACAUAACCCGGUACGUCCAGCGCUCUCCCGUCCCCAAACGCAACCUUUCCCGUGGACCCGAGGGCUGCGACUCCCCUCGCUGCAUCGACUGUAAACGCCUGGACGCCUUCCUCGCCGAUCCGGACAAAGAGAGCAUGGACUUUGCAGUGGACUCGGGCAGGAGAGCGCAUUUGCAUCAGCUGCUUACUAGGACGGGGUGUUCGCAUAAUACGGAUAGAAGGAGGGGGGAUACGCUUGUUGUGACGAAGAGGAUGACGAGGGAGGAUAGGAGGAUGGUGGAGUGGGAGAUUAGGUGGAAGGAGGCGAGGAAGGUGGUUGGAGGGUUGGAUCGGAGGGUUUUGAGGGUGGUGUUGGGGGAGGCGUUUGGGGUGGUUGUGGCGUGCGAUUAUGGGGGUGUUGUGAGGUAUUUGAAGAGGGUGAAGGGGAGGAGGGAAGGGGGAGAUGUUAUUGAUUUGACUUGA